GCUUUCGCUUUAUUGAUCUCAAGUGACUGGAAAAAGUCUGUUUGGUCGGAUGGGUCUGUCACAUCCACACCAACAGGAUGAAGAUAAAGCAUCCUUAAAGGGUGCCAACACAUAAAAACACACACAAACACACACAGUGACAAUGAGACCUUAUCUCAGCGUUUGCUUCCACACUGCACCAGCUGAGAAAGCAGCUACACGCGGCAAAACUUCACUUAUAGAGUUAUCCGCUCCCAUUUAGAUGAUGGAUUAUUACCUUUUCUUGUCAAGGCAAUCCAAAGUUUAAAGCCGCACUGAGGUUGAGAUGUGAGGUGAUGGAUGAGCUGAAUGUGGCAGAACGAGAGCGGAGAUGGUCAUUAAUGUUAGAUGAGUGUGAGCGAGCGAGGAGUGGGCUCUUAUUGACAGAACAAGGCGAAUGGACAAAGUGAAAUCAGUGGUGAAUUUCAAACCCUGAUUUUUAGUGAUGCACUCGGCAAUCAAAAUGCAUCCACAACAAAACGGACAAAUGAAGCACAUGCUAAUAAACUCUUACUCUCAGGUGAUUAUUUCAGAUUGCACUUUGUCUCCCACUGUAGCCAGUUAUUCUGAUCACCCUCUUAUAACACACCCCACCUCCCCACCGACUGAGACUAGACUAGACCAUACCAACUCUGACAGCAAGGCAGGGGGCUCCACUGCAAUAUCAUGACAAGUGCAUCAUUUUUUGGUUACAUAAAAGCAGCUGAAUUCAUGUUGAACCGGUCCAAAGCACGCUCAGGUUGAUUUCUAAACCCUGCCCGCAGGCUCUCCUGCCUUCCACCCGUGCCUUGCAGAGGUUUUCGGGGCUGCAUCCCCCCUCCUCGUCUCUCCUCCGCUGGUGAACCAGUCAGCAGAGCAAGCUUGAACAAAGCCAUAGGAGAGAGAGGAGCAUCUGGGAAGAAAUGUCUCUCACUGACUCUGUCGCCUGGACAACCGGAGCAUGGACAGGAUGAAAUUUCAGAGCACAAGUUCAGCACAUUACAAGUGGACCCAGUAGGCCUGAACGCUCCACCUGUGAUUCUCAGUCUCAUCAGCCUCUCUCUCUCAGGUGCCGGCAUGGAGGUGGAGGAUGAGCCGCUGCUGUUUCAAACAAGCUGGGGAGGGGAGGAAGAGGAGGAAGAGGAGGAGCAGGAGGAAGAGGAUGGAGUAGCACACGCAGCCGGGCAGAACUGUUUCUCCAGAGAGGCUGGGGUGUGUGGGAUUUGGAGGGCAGUGGGGUGGGUGUACACGCAGCCCUGUGCGAGUGGAGUUGUUUUAGGGGUAGUUGUCCUGUUACCCUGUGCCCUGUUUGCCUACAUGCUCCUCUACUGCCCUCCUCUGGACAUAGACCUCUCCUACAGUGCCUUUGAGGUUCACAGUCACUUCUCUGCUGAGCGCUUCGACGCCCUCACCAUCGCUGUAAAGACUCAGCUGGGGUCCUGGGACAGACGUAGGCGAGACUUAGAUAACAGCGAGUCUGAGGCCCUGCAGGAGCUUCUGCUGGAGAGGCUGGGCAGACAGGGGGUGUUCAACAGGACAGAUAAUGAGGGCAUGUGGUCCUCCACUCCUCAGAAGGAGCCUUCACAUGCAGGAGAUGAUGAGAAGAGGGGGGCCAGAGAUGAAAGGACAGUGCCUGAUUUGGGUCAGGAGGAAAUGGGGAAGCACAAGAACUCAGAUCACAGAGGAGAGGAGGACGAGGAUAGAAACUCCACUUUGGUCAUUAGGAGGCGCAGGUUUACUCCCAAUUACUACUUACAGAGUCAAGCCUUGUGGAGGAUUGAGCUGGUAUUUGUGGCCCAAGGGGAGGGUGAUCGUAACAUCUUCACCCCAGAACGCCUGCAGACGAUUCAUCACGUGGAGCGUCUGCUCAUGCAGCAUCCGCAGUUUCAUCAGUUCUGCUGGAAGCCUCUGGAGAUGCUGAGGGAUCUGCCACUGGGACCGUCUUACUGCUCUCCACCAAGCUCACUCCUGUCUUACCUCUACCCCAGUGAGAGAGGAGGGAAGAUAUAUUAUGAUGGCAUGGGUCCAGAUCUUGCUGAUAUUCAAGGUUCCCUGAGUCUGGCCAUCACGCAUCCACAGUUCUACUGGUACGUGGAUGAGAGCCUGUCCCCUGAGCAUCUCUCCUCCUCUCUCUUACGCAGUGAGAUCCACUUCGGAGCACCUCUUCCUUCCUACUACUCCCUGCAGGACCGAGCUGAUGAGCAAAGAUCUCGCUUUAAAAACUUUGUGGUUCAGUAUGCAGACAUCUUGGCCAACCAAUCUACCAGCCAGGUGAAGGUGCUGUAUGGGGGCACGGAGCUGUUCGAUGAUGAGGUGAGGCACACCUUCCACAAUGAUAUGAUGCUGGCUGUCAUCAGUGGAGCCUGCAUUACUGUGCUCGUCUAUGUCCUUACCUCGUUUUCUGUGUUUCUGACUUUCUUCGGCCUCGCUAGCAUCGGACUGAGCUGCCUGAUGGCUCUUUUCUUAUACCAUGUUGUCUUUGGCGUGAGGUACCUGGGCAUCCUCAACGGAGUUGCAGCCUUUGUUAUUAUUGGCAUCGGGGUGGACGAUGUAUUUGUGUUCAUCAGCACCUUCAGACAGGCGUCUCAUCUGCGUCAGCCGCAGCAGCGAAUGAUCUACACAAUCAAAACAGCUGGUCGAGCUACUUUCCUCACCUCCUUCACCACAGCAGCUGCCUACGCUGCGAACACCUUCUCUCAGAUCCCAGCCGUGCAUGACUUCGGCCUGUUCAUGGCGCUCAUUGUCAGCUGCUGCUGGCUUUGGGUAUCCGUCCUGAUGCCAGCUGCCCUGUGCGUCUGGACCCAGUGUGUGGAGCCUCAGGAGCACGCCUGGUUGAACUGCUGGAAGCUGUUUUCGGGCCUGUCAGCGAGCCACGGCCCUUUGUCAGAUGAGGAUGAUGAUGUGGCACUUCUGUCAGUGGAGAUGGAGCCAGGUUCCUGCGACACAGACGCCGAUGCAGCCAUUCUUUCCCUGUCAGUGGAGACACCUCUGUCCCCUCCAGGGCAACGGCAUGUGGGUGUGGUGAGCACAAAUCUCCAGUGGGCCCUAAAGCACUUAGUGGCAGAGCCAGCUGUGGAGCGACGGAAAGCAGUUCUAGGUGUCUUCCUCCUGGUUCUGCUCUUAUCUGCCGGGUGCUGCUGUCUCCUGAGGCCAGCCACUCACGCCCCACUUCUUUUCCGCCGGGACACGAACCUCCAGACGCUGCUGGCUCUGAGAAGCAACCUCAGCGGUCAAGGCAUCUCCUGCCCUAUGUGCUCAGGUGUGUUCAUGGAAAAGCCGCACCCUUUGUACACCCACACGUCCUCGUCAGCGUUUAGGUUUUCUACACAUCAGCAGACCUCGAGCACAUCAACCUCCACCGCUCCUCGGAGCUCAGUGAAACCAAAUUCAAGCACAAACCAAACAGGCUCUUUACUUACAGUUUACGUAUCAAAGUUGGACCUCGGAGCCUCUACAACACUUUACCGCUUCUCCCUCAACACCAGCACUCCCUCCCCGUGGAAACUGUGCAGCACAGAUCAUCAAGAGGUGUCAACAUUUCAGGCUUAUAAUCAUCCCCGCAGCAAUUACACCAGCAGAAUGACAGUGUGUGUUUCCCAUGUGUACCACCCGUACCCCAGCUGGAUGAUCACAUCCACUUCAUGUGAUCCCCGUCAUGGCUGGACACCUGAGUUUUCCUUUUACGCUGCAUCGUCUCCGCAGCAGCACAGCAGGAGGCUGUACUUUGCCCAACUUCGCCUGAGACCUCAUCCCAGCCGAGUGUGCGUCACCACGCCUGGCUGCGGCAUCAGUUCUGGGCCCGAUGGACCCACACAGGGAACCUUUUAUACUCCACUUCCCAGCGAUCCUUCAUCUGCUGCCAAGACCAAGCCAUCCAAAACGUUUGGCUUCAACCCAUGCAGCGGCGGCGCAUGUGGCCACCCAGCCGUGCGUCCCCUGGUCGACACCGGGGCGAUGGUUUUUGUUGUGUUUGGCAUCUUGGGAGUGAACCGAACCGAACGCAGGGACAACCAUGUGAUUGGAGAUAUGGGUAGCAUCAUAUUGGAUCCAGACUUUGAUAUAUUCCAGGAAAUGGGGCGUCUUUGUGAAAUCUGUAAAGCAAUUAGUGCCAACAGACAACUUGUGAAGCCAGGAGGAGCUCAGUGUUUGCCUUCAGGUAACAAACUGUCGUCUAUUCUGCCUCUGCUCCAUCCCGAGUGUCACUCACUCCCUGAACCCAACCUCCUUCCCGGGCAGCUCUCCCACGGAGCCGUGGGAAUGCACGGAGGCAAGGUCCGCUGGCUGUCCAUGGCCUUUGAAUCUACUACAUACAAGGGCAAAUCGUCCUUUCAGACCUAUUCCGACUUCCUUCAGUGGGAGAACUUUAUCCAGGAGCAGCUCGCCGCCCUCCCACAGUCCUCCGCUUUGCAACGGGGUUUCCAGACCUGCGAGCACUGGAAGCAGAUCUUUAUGGAAAUCAUAGGUGUGGAGAGUGCCCUCUGGAGCCUGCUGCUGUCUCUGGCCAUCUGUGUGGCAGCUGUAUCUGUGUUUACUGCACAUCCUCUGCUGCUGCUGCCAGUGCUCAUAACCAUUCUAGGGGUGAUCUGUCUGGUGGUGGCCAUCAUGUACUGGCUGGGCUGGGAGAUGGGAGCAGUGGAGGCGAUUUCUCUGUCUAUACUUGUGGGAUCUUCAGUGGAUUACUGUCUACACCUGGUGGAGGGAUACCUGCUGGCUGGGGAGACCAUGUCCUCUACGCCUAACUCGGAGACUCCGGCUGAGAGGCAAAGGCGCACUCUGGAGGCGGUGAACCACGUGGGUGUUGCCAUAGUGUCCAGCGCCGUCACCACGGUGAUCUCCACAGUCCCCCUUUUCUUCUGUGUCAUUGUGCCUUUCGCCAAGUUCGGCCAGAUAGUGGCCAUUAACACCGCCGUGUCCAUUUUGUUCACCUUGACCGUGACCGUGGCCAUGCUGGCAUUCAUGGCCCCGGCGCGCUUCAGCAGAACCCCCGGCGCCGUGCUCAAGGCCAGCCUGGCUGUGAUGGCGGCCGCAGCCUUGGGGGCGGGCGUGUGCUGGGUGGGAGGACAGUUGGGAGCGUUGGCCUGGCAAUCAAUCAGCACGUAAAUACAACCGUCCGCCAGCUCACACCGAUGUCAGGCAGAGGAGUUCCUCUGUAUGCAAAAAUGAGAAGCUCAAUUUCCCUCCACGUUCAGGAGGAAUAUCAGAUCAGUCAAUGAUCUCGUACUUUACAGCACAAAGAUGUCAGAAUCUCAUAAUUAGAAGCUGUUUUUCAUCUCAAAAUCCAUUUUAUUUCACUUGUAUUGACCGGUGGAUUGUAAGUAUUGCCCACUGGGUACCUCUUCUAAAAUAUAGUGUAAAUGACUGUGACUCACAGUAGUGGGUUUAUCGCUCUGGGUUUUACAUGAUGAUUCAGCUGAGGUAUUCUUUUUUUCCUUUUCCUUUCUGGAUCUGGCCUCUCCUUCAGCCUAGAGGUGGAGAUGAUUGAGUAAUCUUUGGGAAACACAUGGUGAGUCACAGUUUUUCAUCAGUGUAACUUAUCGAGUCACCGACUGUUCUGCAACCUGCUUGUGCGAACAGCGUGGCGAAGCAGGGUGAGCGCGCUCGAUGACGUCCGUGAACGUUUUGGUGUUGACUCACGGCCCAUCUUGUGAAACAUCACUUUUUUUUGUGUGUUUUCUCAGUUGUGCAUUGAAUGUGUUUUUUCAGCCACCUUUGUAAAUCAAAGGUUAUGAUGUCCUAAUGUGGCUGGAUUAAAAAAAAAGAAAAAAGAGUUGUACUAGUCGGAUUUAUACCGUGCACAGUUUUGUUAAACGUGACGUGCGUGAUGUAAACGUUUCAGUAUGCUGCUCUCACACAUUCUCGACCGAACGAUGCUGCCAGCACACACUUGUUCUGAAGAGUUGUGCAAAAUACCAAUACUCACCACAAGAGACCCUUUCAAAUGUUUAUAUCUUCAGAACUGCUUCAGGGUCUUUAUUUUUCUCAUUGGCACCAAUUGAAAGAGACCUCUUGUCAGGUCCUCAGGUGUACCCUCCACCACUCUUGUAAGCACUCACUGUAACCAACUCUACACCCACCUCCGCACCCCUCAGCUCUGGCACAAUUUAGAGCACCACUCAUGCACCCAUCGAUGCCGUCUCGGGUCUGCCCGGCCGUGAAGGUAGGGGGCAUUUGUCAAACCACAUAACACAGUAAUAAUGGUCAGGGAGAGGGGGGUGACUCCAUUGCGACAAGAGCAGUGUAUUUCUGUUGUUGUGUGUGUGUUAUUUGUGAACGUCAAAUAAAACAGGUGCAGAAAAA